AUGGCUUCCGAACAGAAGAUCCUGCCCAAGGAUGGCGAGCGCAAUGUUCUCGUGACCAGUGCUCUGCCAUACGUCAACAACGUCCCCCAUUUGGGCAACAUCGUCGGAUCGGUUCUCAGUGCCGAUGUUUUCGCCAGGUAUCACAAGGCCUGUGGGCGACGGACAUUGUAUAUCUGCGGUACGGAUGAGUACGGAACGGCGACGGAGACGAAAGCCUUGGAGGAGAAGAUGAGCCCGGAGGAGCUGUGUUCCAAAUACAACAAAAUCCACCAGGAGGUCUACGAGUGGUUCAACAUCGGGUUUGACCAUUUCGGACGCACGCCUACGGCGAAGCACACGGAGAUCUCGCAGGCGCUCUUCAAGCGGCUCUACGACAAUGGCUACCUAACGGAGAAGACUGCGGAGCAGCCUUUCUGCGAAGCCCACGGGUCCUUCUUGGCCGACCGUUACGUGGAGGGCGAGUGCCCCCGUUGCCAUUACGAUGACGCCCGUGGUGACCAGUGCGACAAGUGCGGUCAUCUUCUCGAUCCCUUUGAUCUCAUCAAGCCGAGGUGCAAGCUGGAUGGUGCGACCCCGGUUCGCCGCGAGACGAAACAUAUCCACCUCCUCCUUGACAAGUUACAGCCGGAAAUUGACAAGUUCUUCCGCGAGUCAUCCGAAAAGGGCAACUGGCCCAAGAACUCGCGGGUCAUCACCGAGUCGUGGUUGAAGGAGGGUCUCAGGGACCGAGGCAUCACCAGAGAUCUCAAGUGGGGCGUCCCGGUUCCUUUGCCUGACUUCGAGAACAAGGUUCUUUAUGUGUGGUUUGAGGCCUGUAUCGGAUACCCGUCGAUCACGGCGAACUACACGCCUGAUUGGGAACUCUGGUGGCGUAACCCGGAGAAUGUCCAGUUGUACCAGUUCCUGGGCAAGGACAAUGUGCCUUUCCACAGUGUCAUCUUCCCCGGCUGCCAAAUCGGGUCCGAGGAGAAGUGGACUAAGCUCCACCAUCUCAGCACGACCGAGUAUCUGAACUACGAGGGCGGCAAGUUCAGCAAGUCCCGCGGGGUUGGUGUCUUCGGAAACAACGCCAGAGAGACGGGCGUGUCUCCCGACGUGUGGCGGUACUUCCUUCUGAAAAACCGUCCCGAGACCGGCGACACCCAAUUCGAGUGGCGUCCGUUCGUCGAGGCUAACAACAGCGAGCUGCUGGCCAAACUGGGCAACCUGGUGAACCGCGUGGUGAAGCUCGUGACCGCUUCCUACGGCUCGACCAUCCCCGAAUUCACCGUCCCCGAGAGCUUCCAGCCCAACCUCGACGACAUCACCACCCACCUCCGCCAGUACAUCGAAGAGAUGGAAAGCGUGCACCUGCGCGCGGGCGUCAACACCGCGAUGAAACUCGCGGAGGACGGCAACCUCCUGAUCCAGGCCAACCGCCUGGACAACUCGCUCAUCGCCAACGAGCCCGAACGCGCCGCGGCCGUCGUCGGCACCGUGCUCAACCUCAUCUACCUCCUCGCCAGCGUCUUCUCCCCUUACCUCCCCGCCACCUCCAAGGCCAUCAACGAGCAGCUCAACGCGCCGUUCGCCUACAUCCCGACCCUCGACGACAUCAAGGACGGCUGGAAGCCGCAGGCCCUCAAGCCGGGCCACAAGAUCGGCAAGGCCAAGUACCUGUUCUCGCGCAUCGACCCCAAGAAGGCCGAGGAAUGGCGCGAGCUGUUCGGCGGCUCCCAGGCCGACCGGAUCAAGAAGGCGGAAGAGACCGCCCGGAAGAAGGCCGCCAAGCAGAAGAAGAAGGACAAGAAGGCCAACAAGGGCGCCGACGCAGCCGCAUCGUCGACCGGCACUUCCACCGAGGUCCCGACCCCGACCCCGAGCGACGAAGCGAUCAAGAACGUCACCGACGGUGUUGCUCAAGUCACUCUCCCGAAGGACUAG